UUAUGCAAGCUCAUACGAAGAAAUAAUAAAAACAAAAUACUUUGUGGGAUCAGGUACUGGCACGGGAACCUUUUUGUAAAUAGGCACAGGUACCUUCUUCCAGUGAUAAAUCUUAACAGGCACGUGAAUGUGCUCCUUAACGUGACCCACCUCGAUGGGAAUUGGAAUUUUCUUAACAAUCGGAACUGGAAUGUCCUUGUAAACUUUAACAGGCACCUUUAUCGGUACGUGAACUGGAUAAGGACUGUCCACUUUAACAUCAACGGGAGUUGGCACCUGAACAGGCACUCUCCUCUCCACCGGAUAAGGAGCUGGACGAGCUACAGGAAUACCAACUUUAUUUAUCACCUCAACGUGCUUCCUGACUUCUCUGCCAAGGUUGACUACGGUGCCCAAAGGAAUUUCAGGCCCAACGUAAUUGUCCGUACUGGGAUCGACGGGAUGUCCGUAUACCGAAGAACCAUCAGGUAGUAAUCCUGAAUUACCUGGACCAAAUCCAGAAGAGCUGGGUCCAAACGAGGAUGCUGAACCGUGCACUGGUACUCCGUAGGAUGCGGACGGAAUGCUGGCUGAAGGUACUCCAUACGAUCCAGAUGGACUGUUAGCAAAGGCUGGUGCCCCGUAAGAUCCAGAUGGACUAUGGGCAAAGGAUGGUGCCCCGUAAGAUCCAGAUGGACUGUUAGCAAAGGCUGGUGCCCCGUAGGAUCCAGAUGGACUGCUGGCAAAUGCUGGUGCACCGUAGGAUCCAGAUGGACUAUUGGCAAAUGCUGGUGCGCCGUAGGAUCCAGAUGGACUAUUGGCAAAUGCUGGUGCGCCGUAAGAUCCAGAUGGACUAUUGGCAAAUCUGGAGUUGUCAUGGAAUGAUGGUAAAUCCAGACUUCCGCUGCCGAUGCCUUGAUUAUGCCCGUAGAUACCACGUUUGGUUUUCCUUGGUUCGGCAAGGCAGGCGGAAAAGCCUAUGGCGACAAAAAUUACCUGUGAAAUUAAAUAGAUAAAUAAAAUGUUGUUGUCUUUGAAGUGUGUAUGAAACAU